AUGUUUAAUCCAGUUAUUAUUGUAGCUUAUUAUGCUGCAUGGUCGAUUUAUUCUCGAUCAUAUUUUGUAACUGAUAUUCCCGGUGAUAAAAUAACGCAUAUUAAUUAUGCAUUUGCUAAUAUUGGUUCUGAUGGACGAAUUGCUUUAGGUGAUCCAUGGGCUGAUGUUGAAAAAGCUUUUCCAGAUGAUACAUGGGAUCAACCAUUACGUGGAAAUUUUAAUCAAUUAAUUAAACUUAAACAAAAAUAUUCACAUAUUCACACAUUAAUUUCUAUCGGUGGAUGGACAUGGUCAGGAAAAUUUUCUGAUAUAGCUGUUAGCAGUGAAAGUCGUAAUAAAUUUGCUCAAUCAUGUGUUGAAUUUAUUCGAAAAUAUAGUUUUGAUGGAGUUGAUAUUGAUUGGGAAUAUCCUGUUUCUGGUGGUCUACCAGGAAAUAUUCAUCGACCAGAAGAUAAACAAAAUUAUGUACUUUUACUUAAAGAACUUCGACAAGAAUUAGAUAAAGCUGGUCAAGCCGAUUCAAAAACAUAUUUAUUAACUGUUGCAACAGGAGCAGGUACUGAACGUAUAGCUGAUAUGGAUGUAGCUGGUAUGUCUACUUAUCUUGAUUGGAUUAAUGUAAUGACAUAUGAUUUUCAUGGUGGUUGGGAAUCAAAAACUGGUCAUAAUGCUCCAUUAUUUAAAAAUGGUGAUGAAACAACAGCAGAUGUUGCACCAUCAUUUAUCAAAUCAAAAUAUAAUUGUCAUGAAGCUAUUCAAGGUUAUAUUGCAGCUGGUACACCUCGUUCAAAAUUAAUUAUGGGUUUAGGAUUAUAUGGACGUGGUUGGCAAGGAGUAUCUGGUAAAGAACAAAAUGGAUUUUCUCAAUCUGCUUCUAGUCAACCACCAGUAGGUACAUGGGAAAAUGGAGUUUUUGAUUAUGAUCAUAUUAAAAAAAGUUAUUUACCAACAUAUACACGUUACUGGGAUGAUCAAUCGAAAGUACCUUUUCUAUAUAAUUCAACAACAACUAUAUGGAUUAGUUAUGAUGAUGUUCAAUCAAUUGAUAUUAAGAGUGAUUAUAUAAAACGAGAAAAAUUAGCUGGUGCUAUGUUUUGGGAAUUAAGUAGUGAUCGUAAUUGUGACUUGGUUGGUGCUACAUUUAAAGCCUUACAUAAUCAUAUGGUACCUUCAGCAGAUUCAAAUCCACCAAAUGAUACAAUUUCAUCAACUGCUGAAACAACACUAACUAGUUCUACUUCUGCGGAUCAACCAUCAACGGCAACAGUUGAUAGUAUUUAUCCUCUUUGGGCAAUACAAAAUCACUACAAAAUUGGUGAUCAAGUUAUGUAUAAGAAGAGAGUGUAUCAAUGUAUACAAUCUCAUAAAUCACUUUCACGUUUUGUGCCGUCUAGUACUUAUGCACUUUGGCGACAUGUUUAA